GUAACUAAAAAGUCGAAGGAUUGUAUUCAUUGUUAAAUUCGAACGUUAAAAAAAAUAGUUAUUUGGAGCAAAAUCUGGCUCAUUCGGCUAUAUAAUCUAAUUUUACUUGAAAAAAUAAGUUAUUUUUCGGUAGGUUGUUUUAGCAUCUGCAGUAUUCAACGAAUGUAAGGGCUCGUGUUGCACAAACCAUGUUCUUAUUUAUGACAGCGCGAGACCCGACGUUUACAGCUCGGUAAUUUUAACUUGUCUCUGUUCAGCAACCGCGUUGUAUGGUUGUGUGGUCAGUUCUGCUAUGUGUGCAGUAUUUAGGAGAUAACGCUCUGUAGACACCGAGUUGAAAAGCUACACUUGCGGAGCACACAGUCCGUGGGCGUAUCUUUGAAUACAGAAUGUGGGGCAUUUGCAGCAGAACUUUGGUGGGGAUGGCGAAGACUUGUGGGAUUGCAAGACCCAAACACUUGGUUAAGCCUGUGUCUGCGACCCGGGUGGCUGGCAGGUACCUGACCCACCAGAGAGGACUGCCAUGUCUGCCCGUCCCCCCUCUCCAGCAGACCUGCGAGCGCUACAUCGCAGCGCUGGAGCCCAUUGUAGAGACUGAUGAGCUGACGCACACAAAGAAGCUGGUGGAAGAGUUCCAGAAAGCUGGAGGGGUGGGAGAGAGGCUGCAGAAAGGCCUUGAAAAGAGAGCGGGCAACACAGAAAACUGGCUGUCCGAGUGGUGGGUUAAAGUUGCUUACCUUGAGUACCGAAUGCCUGUGGUGGUUCAUUCAAGUCCUGGGUUGGUCUUGCCUCCCAUGAACUUCAGUGAUAAGCCGGGACAAAUAAGGUUUGCUGCAAAACUUAUAGCUGGUGUUUUGGACUUUAAGACAAUGAUCGACAAUGAAACGUUACCAGUCGAGUACAUGGGACAGAAGCCCCUUUGUAUGAAUCAGUACUAUGAAGUUCUAUCAUCGUGUCGCAUACCUGGUUUAAAGAUGGACUCUGUUGUAAACCAUGCCAAGAGCUCUCAUCCACCCAAUCAUAUCAUUGUGGUGCACAACGGCCAGUUUUUCCAGCUGGACGUGUACAACAGCGAUGGCACGGCUCUGACAGCAGAACAGCUCUGCGUGCAGCUAAAUAAGAUCUGCGACGCUUCACCAGAGAUGAACGCCGAGCCCAUCGGCAUCCUCACCACCGAGCACAGAGACCGCUGGGGGAGAGCUUACCAAACUCUCAUAAAGGAUAAGACCAACAAAGACUCCGUCUCGGCAAUCCAAAGGGGCAUCUUCACGCUGUGUCUGGACGGGGCCAUGCCUCACGUGAGCAGUGAGCUGUACCGCAGCUGUGCUGCCGCCCAGAUGUUGCACGGAGGAGGCAGCCAGUGGAACAGCGGCAACCGCUGGUUCGACAAGACGCUGCAGUUCAUUGUUGGAGCAGAUGGGACCUGUGGUGCUAACUAUGAGCAUGCUCCAGCAGAGGGUCCACCCAUCGUGGCCUUGAUCGACCAUGUUGUGGAGUACACGAGGAAGCCAGAGACAGCUCCAGCCUCUAUGGGCGCUUUGCCAAUGCCACAUAAACUCCAUUUCAACAUCACACCUGAGAUCAAGAAGGAUAUAGAGGAGGCCAAGCACAGCAUAAACAAAUUGGCUCAAGAAGUGGAGAUUAGGGUUCAUGUAUUUAGCCACUUUGGAAAAAAUGUCCCCAAAGCUUACAAGAUGAGCCCCGACGCUUUCAUACAGAUGGCUCUACAGCUAGCCUUCUACAGGAUGUACAAGCACUCCUGUGCCACAUAUGAAAGCGCCUCCCUGCGCAUGUACAGACUGGGUCGCACAGACACGAUCCGAUCAGCCUCAAGUGCCUCCGCUGCCUUCGUCAAAGCUUUCGAUGACCCCAGCAGACAGAACAAAGAGAAGGCGGACCUGAUGGAGAAUGCCGUAAAAGCCCACAGGGCCUACACUAACAUGGCGGUCAGUGGUCAGGCCAUAGAUCGGCACCUGCUGGGCCUGAAGAUGCAAGCCCUGGAAGAGAAUCUCUCCGUGCCCGCAGUGUUCAAAGACGCCGCCUACGCCAAAGCCCUGCACUACCGACUGUCCACGAGCCAGGUGCCGUCCAAGACCGACUGCGUCAUGUGUUUCGGCCCGGUCGUGCCCAACGGUUACGGCGUGUGCUACAACCCUAUGAAUGACCACAUCAAUUUCGCCGUGUCGUCUUUUACCGCAUGCGAGGAAACCAGCGCCGGGCGUCUGGCACAGGCGGUGGAGGGCGCACUGGUAGAUAUGAGAGCGCUGCUGGAACAAACUCCCAAAGCCAAACUAUGAAGAAGUCGUAGUUGAAUUGGUCGAAGCACAUCAACAACCACUCGCUGUGGUUUAAGUACUCCUUACUUGAUAGUUUCAAUCAGCGUUCGGUGAUCUAAUCGUGUUUUAUGGUCAUCGAUUUGCACGUUGGAAUGCUGAACGGCGACUGAGGAACUUUGAAUUUGUUUCCAUGUGCGUGAUGCCUUCGACAGUUUUCAAAUCACAAUACAACCAUAAGGUAUCCGUUAAAUGAAUGAUAUUGAAUGUUACACAUGUUUAGAUGUCAAUGAUGAAAUAAUCAUGUGAUCAGACAAAAGUGAUAAUGCACUUGUGUCCAUUUAUUUAAAUUAAGUCAGUAGUUUCAACUUUUCGAAUGUGAUUUUUUUCUGAUCUUGGAAAUUCCAUAACAUAAAAUGUUUGAAUUAUUGGACCCUUCGUCCGACACAAUUUCUUGGAUUGUUGAAAACAAUCAAUAAAAAAAAAGUUUAAAUGGUCCCUUUAUUAUUAGUAAAUUACUAACAAACUUCAUGUACAAACUUAUUCUAACACAAAAUUGUAAACCUUGUUUAAAUCUCUUAUCUUGUUUAGGCUCAUCAUUAGAUAAUUUUGUGUUCCUUACUUGUAAUUUGGUACAUUUUCAGAGACAAACCAGGCAGUACCAUUCAAGACUUUUAUUAGUAUUCUAAUUAUGGAGACAUUAUUGCACUCUAUUGUUUUACGUUUUACCAGUAAAAGGAGCAAACAAGAAGACAAGGUUCCUAAAUUCAAACUUGAAACUUUUUUUUUUUAACUUUAACACUUUUUGUGCCUUAAACUCAAACCUCUUAUCCUUUUAGUCUACACAAUUCUGUAAAUUUCUACCUACCUAAUUUUAUACAGGGAAAAAAUUAAAAAAGCAAAGUCUAAUGGCCCAAAAGGUUUUUGAUCCCUGGAUGACAUUAAGAGGAAUUUGUUAAAUUACAGUGACGGAGAAAUUAAAUAAAAUAUUCUGGUUGUGUAUGAACAGGUUUGUACUAAUAGUUUUUUUUGCUUUUUUUUUAUAAACAGCAGAUAGCUUGUUAGAGAUGUUUUUAACAAUAAUUAGAAUCUUGAAAAUAGGUUUGAUCAGAAAACUCUGAGACUGUUCAUGGUGGAGUGAUGGUACCAUCCAUUAAAGCAUUAAUAUUUAAUAAAAAUGGAUUAACAAAUGCUUUGAGAUUUCACUUUGGAUGGGUUGCAAGGAAAGACCAUUACUUAGGUUAUUAAGAAAGAAGAUCCUUUAUCACAAAGUAAGAAAUUCAAAAAAUAUUGCAGAUUAAAGGUGUGAAAAAAUAGGAUAAAAAUUUUUCUUCAUCAUUUAAAGCCAUUUAAUAAUUUAAAUGAACCUUUAGGAAUUUAUACGGCUAGCAAGCUAGCAUGCAUGGUCCUUUCCAUUAUAUGGAAGAAACAUAAAUCCUUAUAUAAAAGAAUUGAAUGUAAAUGACUACUGUGAGGCCUUGGAGGAGGGGAGAUCACUUCCAGGCAAGUCUUAGGAUCAAAUGCUGUUGCGAGAUCUCACCAAAGGUCCGAAGCCCACGGGGGACAUGGUUACAACAGCUAAUACUCCCCUCUUUAGAUGCACACAGAUGCACAGCGGUGUUCCUCAAAACUGAAGAGCACAUCCUGUGUGUGUGUGGCAAUGGCAGAACUCAGACCACUCUAAGAAAAGCUUCCCAGGCUGACACAAGCCUUUUCAUUUCCCUGUCUGACCACUAAGGACCGACUCCCUUCUUUACACACACUCUUUGUGCCUGUGUCACAGCAGCUGCUUUACCAGUCCUAAGUGCUUCCAAGAACACCCCUUUCCUUUUUUUUUUUUUUUUUUUUACAGAUAUUUUACAUUGAAAUUAACAGUGGAACAGGACAAAUUUUAGGAUGGGUGUUGAUUUCCAUUCACUUUGUCCAUGAAAAGAAAUGUACAGAUUUCAAACCUGUGCUGCCAAAAUGUGAAAUAGUUGCGUUAACCGGAUUCAGUUGGUUGGUCCCUGUACCUGCUGCCAUUAGGGUCAAUAAUACUCAAACAUAAUGUCUCCUUUCAUCUGUAUGCAGAUGACUUACAAAUCUAUCUGCCUGUCCUGCCAAACUCUCCAGAGGCCAUUGACUCUAUCCACAAAUGUCUUAGUGACAUCUAGCUCUGGCUGUCUCAGAACUUUCUUUGCCUGAAUGAGAACAAGACUGAAUGCAUUUUGUUUGGUAAGACAGAUAUGCAUAUGUCACCUAGUUUUGGUUCUCUGGCCCCCCAUUGUUCUUUUGUGAUUAAAAAUCUCGGUGUAAAAUUCGACUCCAGCUUAAAGUUCGACCAACAGAUUAAUGCGGUCGUGAAGGCAAGCUUUUUUCA